AUGGGAAAUACUAUAUCGUACCAGGAAACGCCGGUUGAGGUCAGUCUGGGCGACCGAGGCACGAUCCGCGGCCUCCAGUUCGACAACAAGUCCCGUCGCUUUACCGGUGUCCCUUAUGCCCUGCCACCGACCGGCAAACACAGAUGGCGCAAGCCGCGUACUCUGCCCGCAUCAUACGCCUAUUCCGACGCCGACGGGGGCGUCUACGACGCGACAAGGUUCCGGGCAGUCUGCCCCCAGAAGGCCUGGAGCGUCGUGAAGCCCGACGGUGGACAGAACACGUAUAGCGAGGACUGUUUGUUCGUCAACAUCUGGACCCCGGUGCCCAAGGACGGCCAGGAGGACGCGAAGUGGCCGGUCAAGCUCUGGAUCCACGGCGGCUGGUUCCAGAUCGGCGACCCCUCGCACGAGCCGGGGAUGGACGCGACCGAGCUCAUCUCCACGGGCGGGCUCAACGCCGUUGUCGUGGCCAUCGGCUACCGUCUGAACGUGUUCGGCUUCCUCGCCGGAGAGGCUCUCCUGGACGAGAGCAACGGCGAGGCGGGCGGCAACUUCGGCCUGUGGGAUCAGCGCGUGGCCGCGGAAUGGGUGAGGGAUAACAUCGCCCACUUCGGAGGGGAUCCGCUCAACAUCACCCUCGCCGGCCGGAGCGCCGGUGCAUACAGCGCCGAGGCCCAGAUGCUGUACGAUUUCCGCAAACCCGGCGACGGUGGCUCGCUGUAUCGCCGGGUCUUCAUGGACUCGAACGCGAUCCCCGCGCAGCCAAAGUCUCUCGCCGACGUCCGCGGCCAGUUCGACGAGCUGUGCACGUUUUUCAAAAUCGACACGGGGCUUCCAAGCGAUCAAAAGCUGGCCAUCCUCCGAGAAAAGAGCGCGGAGGAGCUCCUGCAAGCGAUCCCUCAGCUGGAAAACCACACUUUCCGGCCAGUGACCGACGACAUUUUUAUCCACUCUGGCAUGAUUGGGUACCUGCAGAGCAAAGAGUUUGCGGACGAGUUCAAGAAGAGGGGAUACAAGAUCCUCAUCGGCGAGGUCCUCAAUGAGGAGACUCUCUACUCUUCCUACAACCCCCCAACCGAGCCAACCCUCGAAGCUCUUCGGCUGCAGAUCUCCAACUAUUACGCCCCGGAUGUCACUGACCGAGCCAUUCAGCAAUACAAGCUCCCAGAGUCGGACAAGCUGAGCGACUGGCAAAAGACAUUUGGCUCGAUAGUUGCCGAUGGGCAGGUGCGCGCGCCGUCUAGGGCCCUCGUGAAGGCGCUGGUGGACAACGGUGUCGACAUACGAGACGCUUGGCGAUAUCAGAUUGCUUACCGACUCUCCUUCAUUGACGAAAAAGUUGCCCCGGCAUCUUUUGGGGUGGCACAUUCCAUGGACAGGCCCAUUUGGAACUUCGCCAUUACUCAUGGACCAACCGCGGCCGAAAGGGUUUUGAUGGAAGAGUGGAUUGAGACUCUGGUGGCUUUCGUAAACGGCAGCGAUACCUACGAGCACGGAACGAAGACUGUGGAGGAGAUGAAGGUCAUGACUCCGGAGGGAACGAUCGAGAUUCGCCCGGACAACCGGUGGGAUGAACUUGUGAGCCUGGGCAAGAUAUUUGCUGGCAACUAG